UGAUUUUAGUGUGGUAGUUUCUCUGUAGCGUCUCACAACAUUUUGUUGUUGUGGAAUUCCUUUAGUAUUUCAUUAUUUUGUAUUUUUGUUGGGCCGUGUUUGCGAUGGUUAAGAGUUUGUUUCUGCUUAUAGCAGUUGGACUGUGAAACAAUCUGUAGAACAUUAGGAAUAAUUAUACACUGAGAAAUAUAGAGCUGUGAGAUUUACAUUUUAUUCCCAGCUCUUUGUAUCCUUCUCUGUUUUUUUGUUGUUGUUUCGUCUAUUUUCAAAAAUAGAUAUUUAACUCUUUUUCUUUGUUUCCGGUCUAUUUUGUGGAAGCAGUGAGCCGGAACGGUUUCUUGUACACUCUUGUUAAACAUUUCAGAACAUAUAAUUCUUUUGAAAAUACUAAAUGAAUAAACUACAAAGUAAGUGAACCCGCUAAAAGUGUUUCUGGUGGUCAAUCAAAUUCCCCGGUCACACAUGCAUCGGCUCCAUGAAAUGUAUUGGCCCACAUAGGCCUCCUAUAUCUUAUCAGUCACAGUGAUUAUCAUAAAUAACAUUUAAUUUCUUUCUGCAGGUAUAAGCUACCCACAUCAAAUAGUCGUGAUGCACGGAAGGCUGCAGAGGCCGCUGCACAAAUGCUCCCAGUACAACAAAAGGAGGCCAUUAAUCACUAUCUGGCACAGAGCUCUGGGUUUGGUCCAACAACAAAGAAAUCUAGAGCCUCAGUUUGUUGUGGACACAGCUGUGCUGCUGGACACCAUGACAGGCUGUACAUCAGACGAUGAGACCUCUGGACCAAACUCUCCCACAACCAGCAAGGAGUGCAGCGCUCCAACUAAAGACUUCUCUGCUUUUGUGGGCAGAUUUCCUGUCUCUCUGGACAGUCAGCCACCAAAAAAAAAAAAACAGCGGAUCAGCGAAGGGUUUCCUGGAGACCGCAUCUUUUUUGACAAGUGGAGAAACUCCCAGUAUGCCAAGAGAGAGGAAUAUCUGCUGUCACACUUCACACACCGCAAGCCUUCAGCUGCAAGGGUGUCAAAGCUGAUUGUGCAGGAGGGGUGGAAGAGCAACUACCCGAAGCCUAAAGAGAUUGAGCGGUUGUGGAAACCAGCUCCAAAGCUAUUAAUUGAGACAGAUGAAACAAUAAUCAAAUGUGUCUCUCAGCAGACCUGGAAAGGCAUUGCCAUUAAGGACUUUGGUCCCCAGCUAGGUCUAGGUGUGGUUGCAACCCAGCGGUUUUCUAAAGGCGACAUAGUUUGCGAUUACCACGGAAAGGUAAUAACGGCUGCUGCAGGUAGAGCCAUGAUGCAGGACAUUCAUGAUGAGGCUGGGUACCUCUUCUUCUUUAAAGCUGGCCAAAGAGAACUGUGCAUUGAUGCUCAGACAUUCCCUUGCGAAUGCCACCCAGACGCAGACACAUUUGGCAGGAGGAUCAAUCAUUCUUCCAAGAUGCCCAACCUGAAGCCCCUUCACUGUGUUGAAGAUGAAUGGAGAGGAAAAAGAUGUUGUCCUCUUCAAGGCACUGCAGGACAUCAGUGUGGACACACAGCUCAAAUUUGUCUUUCAGAGGAGAGGGCCUACUCAUCCAGCCAGUCCAGGUCCAAAAAUUAA